GGUAACGGGGGGAUCGUCGGGUGCAGAGGGUCGAGGGAGGAAGGAGAAGCAGAGCAGAAACACGUGGCUGGUGAGGAAGAAAAGAAAGAAAAAGAAAAAGCAGUGGAUCCUUAUCCAAAUUUUCUUUCUUUUUAGUCCCUCAACUUUUGAAAAUUUUGCUAUUAAGUUCAAAAUAAUAUUUCUUUCACACAUAAGUCCCUAAUUAAAUGCUAAAAUACCUCAAAAUUUUGGGAUAUUACAGAAGUCAAGGACGGGGAAAAACAAGGGGAGUGACGAGUUAAAAGGCUAGCCAUUUUAUAAAUUGACUAUGAAUUUUAGAUAUAGAUCAUGAUCUUGUAAGUUAGACUGUAUUUGAAGAUUUUAUGAUAUUAAAGCAAAUUAAAAAAAAAUUUGAUUUUCAAAUUUUGAUGGUAUCAGAUUGUGAUUUAGUGGUAUUAGAGUUUGGGUUUAAAUUAAGAGCUUUGGAUUAAAUUAAGCACCUCCAGAUUGAGUGGCAUCAAAGCAGAUUCAGUGGUAUCAGAGCUUAGUUUAAUUAAAUACCUAGGUUUAAUUGAAUACCUAGGAUUUGUUUAGAACUUGGUUGGCCAAUGAAUUUUAGAACCAUGGUGAGAUGAGUGAUGGGGUUAUAUAAGGGGCAAUUCUUAUUCAUGUGCCUGAAUUUUCUAAUCCAUUUUGAUGAGAUGGUAAUCGGAUUGUUCUUGUUUCUUGCCUUCAUACCCUAUGUAGAUUCAUGAAAUUAAUCUUGUCCGCCAUGUUCUUAAGACCUUGUUUUGAAACUUGGUCAUUUUCUGAUAGUCCGCACUGUUGUACCUAUGAUUUUGAUGAUUACAAAAUACAUUUGAGUGACUAAUUGGUUUAUUUAAGUGUGUAGUUAAGUUGCUAAAAGAUUGCAAGUAAACUUGGAUUGCACUAAAAAUAAACCAAAAGGAUUCAAAUGUGCAGAGAGCCGGCUCUGGUAAAGUGCAGUCGGCUCUGGUGAAAUGGAAUGCAGAAAGCCAGCUCUAAAAGCUCCAGCCGGCUCUACAGGCAAAAAUUUGAAGACCGUUGCUUGGCGCGCGCGGAGAAGACGCAAAGCUGGCUCCAACUUUAUAGCCGGCUAUGAGGGUGCAUUUAAUGCACAACGGUCGAGUCAUUUGAAGAUUAUUAAUGUAUUUAAAGUUGGAGUUGCAAAGCCGGCUCAAAGUUUUGCAACCAGCUCUCGAGAAAAAUAGAAUGGUCUGCAAGCCCGGAUAGUCGGCUCUAAGAGUGUAAACCGGCUCUUCAGAGUUGGCUCUAGAAAUCUAAGCCGGCUCUCCUGACAAACCUGCAGCUCGAGCUUUUUGUCCUGCAGUGCAUUUAAUGACCUCCAACGGCUAGUAACGGCUAUUUUCGAGCAAGGGGGUAUAAAUAUGGUUGGUAACAGAUCUGAAGAAGGUUAGAGAGCAUUGUAUUGAAUAUCUUUACCUACAUACAUGAGUUUUAACUUGAGUUUUUGAUCUUUGAGAGAUCUUUGUUUGUAAUCCUCUUCUUGUGCUAUUAGUGAGUGAUCUUGGGGGUGUGUUGAUUCCUUCAAGAGUGAUCUGUAGAGAGGAUCUUUGGGAUUAAAGUGUAAAGGGGUGAGAUUUGAGAGAAACCCUUCUUCUUGUAAAGGAUUGAGUAGCUUCUUUAAGCCACCAUUGUUUUUGCUAGUGGAGAGUGUGGAGGAAAUCCUUGGUGAGUGAAGCCAAGGUAGAGGACUAGGCUCCAAGUGGUUGGACCGAAUCUCUAUAAAAUCAUUGUGCAAGCUCUUCUUCUCAACUCUCUCUUUAAUUUUUGUUUGGUGGUUGCAAAGAGGCGAAAAUUCUCCAACUCCAAUUCACCCCCCCUCUUGGAGUGCAUUGAGUCAACACGCACUUGUUUAGACUUGUUCCUUGAAUAGAAUUUUUGUAUGCUCUUUUGCCACAAUUGUAAAAUCUGAAGAGUUGCAGAAAUCUGUUGUUAUUGAUCCUGUUGGUCUCUACAGCAUAGCUGGUUGAGAAAUUUGUUCUGUUUGUCACAUGACCAGUGGAAAAUGGGCAACGCUCUACUUUGUAAGAGAUUCAAGGCUAUUUUAGCAAAUGUUGUGUGUUUUCUAGAUGCGUUUUAGGAGCUGGAUAACUUGGUAAUUUCGUUGCUCAUUAUCUUUCUGAAAGUCUUAUAGUGAAGUUUCAUUUUUUCCAUUUGGAGCUUCAUGGUCUUUUCAU